AUGUUAAUUCAAUUAUUUAUUAUUCUUGGCAUUGUUCUUUUUGGAUUUAUUUUAUAUAAAAUAGCCGAUCAUUAUUCUCAUCGAUAUUUGGGUUUUAAUACUAUUGAUCAUACUCCUGUAUGUAUAUCAGGAUCAUCAUCUGCUCCUGCAUUAGUUUGUAUACUCGGUUGGGGAGGAUGUAAACGUCGACAAUUACGACGUUUACUUGAUUUUUAUUCAUCACAUCAUAUUCCAACAGUAUCAUGGAUUAAUCCAAUGUUUAAUUAUUUAUUUGGUAUUGAUAUUAAACAAAUUGAACAUGUAUUAGAUUUUCUUCUUCAUGAAAAUCGUACAUCAAAUAAAAUUAUUAUUAUUCAUCUUCAUUCAAAUAAUGGUGCUCUUGUUUGGUCAUAUAUGCUUAAUAUAAUGAAAACAAAUGAACAUUAUAAUCAAUUAUUAUUUAAUAUAAAAGGAAUUAUUUUAGAUUCAGCACCAUUUAUACGUUCAAAUAAAUCAUUACCUUGGAUUAUUAUAUCAGCAAUUGGUACAUCUCGACCAUGUGUUAGUAUUAUAUUGAAUCAAGCACGAUAUUUUCAUUUAUUUUGGACACCAUUAAUGGUUUAUUAUUUAUUUAUAUUACUUUUUUAUCAACGUUAUUUUUUAUCACAUUCAUUAUUACCAUCAGAUAAAAUACGAGAAUUUCUUAAUACUAUACCGAUAGAUAUUCAACAGUGUUAUCUGUAUAGUGAUGCUGAUCGUCUCAUACCAUCGAAUAUUAUUGAACAAAUUAUAGCUAGACAAGUUGAACGUGGUGUUAAUGUUAUAUCUCAUCGAUUUAUUGAUUCAGGACAUGUCAAUCAUUUUCGUUUACAUCCAGUAGAAUAUGGAAAAUUAGUUUUAGAUUUUAUUAUAAAUAUUCAAAAAACAUAA